GGACGGGGACCGCAGGUCAAUUUUACCCUAGAAGGCAAUGGUCAGGAUAGGGUAAAUAUUACCACUUGCCGGACCGACGCAGAAAAGAAGCUUAUUCAAGAUACAGUAAUGGAAGAACUCGCAGGGACUAGCACGGGCCAGCAAGAGACCGAAGCCGAGGAACAAGAGAAGGUCUAUAGGAAGCCAAGGGAGGACAAACCGGUAGACAAGGCUACGGCGGCAAAGAAGAAGUUCAGGUGUCAAAUUCCGAUCCUGACUUCGCCAGAAAUCGAUGGCACCUUGAGUAAGCUACUGGGUACCAUGGUAUCGGUGUCCUUUCAGACCAUGCUGCAAGCCAGCCCGAGGCUGCUUAAAGGACUCAGGCAGUUGCUAACGCGUAAGCGCGUAGAGGUAGAGGAGGCCCCGGAACUGCAAGAGCAGGACACGGAAGAGGUCGAGGCGCCGCAAGGAGUCUCCAACCUCCAAAGCAUUCCAAGGGGCCUGGGAGAUUUGGAGAAAGUCUUUGCGGACAUCCGCCUAAGCCUACCGGAUCGUGAAGGUGGCGAAGUCAUGAGGGCACGACCCGAGACAAAGCUUAGCUUUCAUGCAUUACCAGUUGGGAAACUUAAAGUUCAAAUCGGAACUCACCACACCGACGCGUUAGUGGACGGCGGAGCAGAAAUCACCCUCAUACGACAAGAUUUCGCAACGGUCACGGGGUGGACGGUAAACAAGGAAGUAGCAGGGAGUAUCCGGGGAGCCGGUGGCGAAAUUCCUUUCACAGGGGCAGAUGGGCUGAGCAGGGUAUGUAUCACACCAGAAGGAGUAGAGGACGCGGAACCAAUCGACGCCUUCCUGGAGUAUGAAGGAGGGACCCUUGUGGUGGAUAAUGAGAUGGCAGAUCCAGCGAUUACAAUGGGUCAGUUGCUGAUUCAGACCUUGGAAAAAAGCGCGCCUCCAAUAGUUACAAAACUCAGGGAAGGACCAGCCACCAUGGUCAGGCGUAAAGAGGAGAAGGACUCGUGGGGAGCAGAAGUAGGGGCCAAAGAAGAGCUGAUGGCGAUGACUGUGGAAGGGGGACGGGACGACGUGAUGACAUUGGCCGAGACCUGGGCACAGGAGUGUCAGUACCUAGUCAAUCUCACUUGGGAGGAGCGGGGUACGGAUCAGAACGAGCAGGAAUUCUUCCUCAUACAGAUGUAUGAGGGCGUCUUCAAAGAAAUCGGUCUGCUGCUUGUAGGGAACAAACAACCUACGGAAGUCAGUCCCAAGGCAAGGGAGGAAGUAGAAAAGUAUGUCCUAAGAAAUGGCCACCUGUUCAAGAGAGAGGAAGGGAUGAUGCCUAGACGCGUCGUUUGUGGGAGGUCUAGGCAGCUGGACGUAAUUCAGGCAAUGCAUGAUGGGCUAGCUGGGGGUCACCGGUCGUCAAAGGGGACACUUGCAAAGAUUGUGCCCCUCUAUUUCUGGCCGGGAAUGGCAGGCAUGGUCGCAACGUACUGUCAUGUCUGACAUGUCAAGAGAGGAGCUCCGUACGGGUUUAUGAGCCCUUUAGACCCACUCGGUGGGCAAUGAAGGGCAAGGAAAAGU